UUCAAUGCCAGCCAGGGAUUCAGAAGCCGGUCCUCACCUGCUUGUCUUGCUAACCCAUUCACAGCAGAAACUCCCUCUGGUGACCAUGGCAAACGUCACCGUAUGCGUUAGGUUCAGGCCCCAGAACAAGAUUGAGCUUCAGGAAGGCGGGUUGAUCUGCGUGGAGAAGAACUGCGACCAGUCCUUCUACCUCAAGGCACGACGCUGACGUCGUAGUUUGCUCGUUCGCCUCUUCUCACGGCAAGCGCCUAAGGUCAUUGUGUUGCAGGAUGAGAAGGACGAGAAGACGCUUUUCAUGUUCGACAGGACCUUCUUCCAAGACUCGACCCAGCAGGAAGUCUUUAGCUACGUCGCGCUGCCCGUCGUGCAAGAUGCUAUGUCGGCGAUCAACGGCACGGUGCUCGCCUAUGGUCAGACUGGUGCAGGCAAGACACACACAAUGGAGGGACCGAAUAUGCUCAUUGACGAUCCCGAGAGUUCGGGGAUCCUCCCACGUGUCGCAAAGGAGAUCUUCGUCAAAAUAAAUGCGACUGAGGCCCCCAACGAGUACAAAGUCGCGUUAUCUGUGGUAAAGUUUUAGAACAAUUGUCGAUUUUGGACUCAGACCCUGACCUAAGCUAACAGGCCGUUUGGACAGGUUGAGAUUUACAUGGAGCGAAUCAGGUAAUCCAAUCGCACUUUCUCUGGGCCUUACGGACCUAUUUAUACCUCUUACAAGAUUAUGCCGUGAACACAUCUGUGUCGGGAUAGCAUCCCUCAUGGACCGCCAUCCUAGCAGGGACCUGUACGAUGUGUCCAAGGACAACCUCGUGGUGAAAGAGGAUCAGACGCGAGGGAUAUCCAUCGCUGGUGUCACUGAGAUAUAUGUUGAAGGGGAGAAGGAGAUGCUUCAGCUUCUUGAGGUGGGUUGGGUUGUCACUUGUGUUUCUGUCCUCCGUCAGACUGCUGAAUAUGUAAUUCAUUUCUUUAUUCAGGCUGCAAUCAAGAACCGAGCUGUUGGGGCUACCAGUAAGUGCUUUGCAGGUGCAUGGGGCCUGUUAAAUUUUGUCCUGUUCGGAAAGCGCUUUUUUCCUCACACGAAAUUUUGCCGCAGACAUGAACCAGGGAAGUAGCCGCAGUCACUGCAUGUUCCUACUGACGAUUCAGCGGACCUCUGCCGAUGGCAGCAGGUGUGGCAGUGAGGCAGUUUUCGCAUUUCUGCUGCCCAUUCGUUGUGCUCAUUCGAGAAUCUCCUUGGCAGCUCGCAAGCAGGGAAGAUAUACCUCGUGGAUCUGGCUGGUUCUGAGAAAGUGGACAAGACUGGGGCGGAAGGGAGGCUGCUUGAUGAGGCCAAGAUGAUCAACAAGUCGCUCUCAGCACUGGGGAAUGUCAUCAAUGCGCUCACGUCUGGUGUGGAUCCAAUUCUGCUUCUCAAAUAUCCUGUUUAAUGUGGCAGAAUUGUGGAUGCCCGUGUCUGAGAUUGAGAAUGACUGCAGAUAAGGUUACGCAUAUUCCAUACCGCGACUCCAAGCUUACUCGUAUACUGCAAGAGUCACUGAGCAAAGCAAAUCAAGAACAAGCCUGUUGCCAACAGAGAGGUGGGGCGGGGGGAGCUUCAGCGGCGCUUGCAGGAGUCAGAGAUGGAGUGCGAGUUCCUCAGGCAGCACAUCCAGACCUUGACUCUGGCCAUUCAAAGGCUCCCUGGCGGAGAUGAGGUCUUGAAGGGUGUUGGCGAUCCAAUCAGCGAAAGAACUUCUGGAUCCAGGAACAGCCUCAUGGGAAGCCAUAUGCUAGCUGCCUGCAUUGAUGGCUUGCAUGGCAUUUUGGCCAGUGAGGGCAUGGCGUGGGCGUCUGAGCUACCCACCAUUGAAGACGCGAAUGACAUUCCGAAGCUCCUGACUGGUGCGGUUGAGAAGCACCUUUCAACCCAGUCCAGUGAGGGCGAUGAAGACAAGGACCUGAAGUACCUUGAAGAGGCUCUAAAUGACAUAGCUGGCCGAAUCAAGAAGCUGGAGAACAAGAUUGGACGAUAGCACCGCCUGUCACCACCAUCCGCAGCAGUGGAGUCCCGUCCUGUGCUAGCACAUGCUGCAUGCAGAUUUGGUACAGGCAAUUAAGAUCACACACCACCAGGGCCUCAGAUUGCAGGCUUUUUACCCUGAUUCAGGGUAAAAUCAGGGCUUUUUUGGGGGGUGACCCUGAUGAGACAGGAUUUUUUUAAGACAGAGGCCUGAAAUUUCAGAGUUUUUUUAAGAGUGAACUCUGAUCGAUCAGCGUGCGUAGUGUAGUGUGGCCUGUUUUUCCAGCGUCGUAUCGAAGCCCGACCCUGAUUCUUGUAAUAGCGGAUUCCCAGCC